AGUUUCCAGUCUUGGUAUAGUUUGUCGAUGGACGAAGCCUUGUUCGGUUAAGCGAAACGAAAUAUAUAUAUUGUUCGAUUGUUAUUUUUAUCUUUAAAUAUAAUAACUGACGAUGGAUGUCGCAAAAUUGGAAAAAUUGAAAGUUGCCGAACUCCGAAAUGAAUUGCAAAUGCGUGGUUUGGAUACAAAAGGUGUAAAAGUUGUUCUUAUUGAACGGUUGAAAACCGCCAUUGAUAAUACACCAGUUGAAGGUGGUUCUUCUGAAAUUAAUGAAGUCUCAACACAGAGCAGAAGAAGUAGAAGAACCCGUUCUAUGACACGUUCUGCAUCACCAUCUCCAGUUAUUAAAAAUGAACCAAAGCUCGAACCGGUGUUUGAAGAAGAUGGUUCUUCUGAAAUAAAUGAAGUCUCAACCCCUAGCAGACGAAGAAGAAGAACCUGCUCUAUGACAUGCUCUCCAUCACCAUCUCCAGUUAAAAAAAUUGAACCAAAGCUCGAACCGCUGUUUGAGGAAGAAAAAAUAGAGCUUAUAGAACUAAAUUUGAUAAACAAGGAUGUUGAAAAUAUUUCUGAAGAGAAAUGUCAAGUAUCUUUUAACAACGAAAAAGAUGAUAGUGAAGCUAACACGAAUGAACAAGAUAAAGAAAGCCAAGAAAAUAAUGAAGCUAUUGUUUCGUGUGUAAAAACUAAAAAAACAAACGAAAUAUCAACUUCAGAUUUUGAUUUGACACCAGAGAAAAAUGCACCUGAUGAAAACACGGUUGAGGCAAUGGAUGUGGAAAAAGUUCUAGAAAAUUCAAAAAAUGAUUCUCAUAAAAAUGAGAGCGAUUCUAAAACAGACGAGAACGAUGGAACUCACACCGAAAAAAAAGAAAAGCGUUUAAGUCGUAAGAGAACAUAUUCAAAGUCAAGAUCCCGCAGUCGCAGCAGGUCCCAAUCAAAAAAGUCGCGCUCUCGAUCUCCAAAAGUUAAGAAAAGUACAAGUGCAAUUAUGAAAAACAUAGAUGAAUCGACGAACGAGGAGGAUGAGCCGGUAAUUGAGGACAAACAGUUUGGACUAAGUUGGGUUGAUUCCGAUUUGCAUCUUACAAUUGAUCCAGUGACUUUUACUUCGGCGAAACCAAUGUCAGAAGAAAUUUAUUCCCUGGUAUGGUCUGGAACUCGUACAAACUAUGGAGUACGUGAAGGAAAAGUAUGUUAUGAAGUGCGCUUGGCUGAAGAAACAAAUGCUAAUCAGUUUAAAGAUGAACCGUUCAUAAGAGGUUUACGUUGCGGCUUUUCAACAACAAAGACGAGUCUUUUAUUAGGAGAAGGAGAAAACUCUUUCGCUUAUUGUGAAAAUGGCAGAAAAGCACUAAACGGAGAAUUCACUGGUUAUGGCAAACCAUUUAAAAUAGACGAUGUUAUUGGAUGUUAUUUAGACUUAGACAGCACUCCUUGCACUAUUCAGUUUACAUUAAAUAGCGAAGAACUUGGGACAGCAUUUGAAUUUAACAAAGAAAUACUAGGUGAUGAGGACGCAUUAUUCCCACACAUUCUGGUUAAAGGCUACGAGGUUUCAUUAAACUUUGCUGAUAGCGAGAAUCUGCUUUGCAAUAUGGAACGUCCAAAAAGUUUGCUUUUGGGAAAGGAAAAGUCUCGCAAAGAUAUUUUAAUUUCCGAGGAUAACAAUGCGAAGGAUAUCAAAAAUACUGAAGAUAAUUGGGAAAUCGUAGAUGAAGUCAAAAUAGAUGAUUUUGAGAACGAUGAUGAUAAAAAGGAAGACGGCAAAAAAACCGCUGAAAUUGAAAGUAAAGAAACGCACAGCGAAAUAGAAAAAUCAAAUGAAAAAGAUGCUGUCGAAGUAGAAGUGAAAAAUAAAAAUAAAAUUGAUGAAUCCUCUGAUAUCAAAGAAUUAGAAGUUCACUCAAAUCAAAACAAAAUUAAUGAUCAAAAUCAAGGCAAUCAAAGUAAGGAAACAUUUUUUGAACUUCAAGAUGCAAAAGAAAAUGGAAACAAAAUUUUUGACAAAAAAAAAGAAAACAGAGAUUCAAAAGACUCGAGCCAGGAUAUAGCGGUGGAAAAAAUUGAGUCAGAAGAAAGAAAGGAAAUGGUUUUACUGCCUGGAUAUGAAUUGAUUGCCUUAACUUUAGAAGAUAAAUUUAUAAGCGGACCACAAAGGCCAGAUAGUCGUAAGCAGUGCGAAGUUUAUCUCUUAGUUGGAUUACCCGGGUCAGGAAAAACGCAUUGGACCCUAAACCAUAUUAAAGAGAAUCCCGAGAAGCGCUAUCAUGUUAUAGGAGCCGACAAUCUCAUUUCUAAAAUGACGAUUGAUGGUAAACCACGAAAACAUCUGCACAAAGGAAAUUGGGAGAGAGUGUAUGAAUUCUGUUUACAGAGUUUGUCUGCGCUGGAAGAAAUAGCUACGAAAAGACGUCGAAACUACAUCCUUGAUCAGACGAAUGCAUUCGCAUCUGCUCAGCGACGUAAAAUGAAAGGUUUUGGAGACUUCAACCGUAAUGCUGUAGUUUGUAUACCAAGCGAGGAAGAAUUAAAAAAGCGCAACCAAUUGAGAACAGAGGCAGGCACUGAAAAUACAAUAAGAGAAUCAACGCUUAAUAAUUUAAAAGCAAGUUUUACCUUACCAUCACUUGAGUUUGGUUGGUUUGACAACAUAUAUUACACUGAUUUGAAAGACGAUGAAGCCAAAAAUGAAGUGAAACGGUACAACGAAAAAGGAAGAAAAGAUAUUGAGGCUUCGCGUGACCCUCGAGUAGCACGUCGUGAAAAUCGGUCACGUGAAUCAAGACGGCGGCACGAAGAAUUAAGAACCUCACGCUGGAAGGCUAAUAUUAACGAACGGCGUGGCGGAUCAGGGAACCGUUGGGGUCCAUCAUCUCGUGGAUCAUCUGCUUCGUGGGUCGACGAUAGAGGAUAUGGCGGCGGGCGUUCUUAUGAUAAUCGCAAUAAUCGGUAUAGCAGCGGUGGUGGUGGUUGGGUUAACAAUAAUCGUAAUCGUUAUGAUGACCGUUUUGGUGGUCGAUCAGGUGGAAAUAAUGGGGGUGGUAGCAGGAACCAUGAUUCAUAUUGUGGCGGGUCUAGAGAUCGUGGUCGUGGCCGCAACGGCGAAAACGGUUUUAAUGCGAGCCGUCGAGAUGGUAGUUAUCGGUCAGCAAAUAAUCAGCGGGAUUUUCGGUCUGGCCACCGCGACAAUCGUACCGAAGAUAAUCGCGGUGGCUUUGAGCGAUCGAAGUAUUCUUCGAAUGAAGAUGGCUAUGCUUAUCAUAAGCUCAGUGGACAUCAAAGCAGUAGUUCAUCGCAGGGUAAAUGGAUGCAAAUGCAAGGAGGUGAAAAUUGGGUUGGUCAACAACAGAUGCAACAGCAGCAAUACUGGGGUUACGAUCAGUCUCAGAGAUAUGAAAAUCAACAACAGGCUCAAUGGACUAUAAACAAUGCCGAUCCUAGACAACAGCAGUGGGUCAAUUGGUAUAAGAAUAACUCUCAACAACAGCAAGGCAAUAUAAUGUCUAAUAAUUCCAGUCAACAGUAUUGGUCACAGUACUCAUAUCCCAACCAAGACGGCACAAACGUUAUGAACUCUCGUUCAUCCAUGGAUGGAUCUUUAAAAAAAUAAAACCAGCGGCAUAAGAUAAGUUCAGUGCUCAUAAAAAUAAAUCUUGUAUAUUUGCCUGAAUCAAAAACAAAAAACAUAAAUAUAAAUAUAAAUAAAUAUACAAAUAAAUCAUGUUUUUCAAAUGAAAUGUAUGAAAAUAACAAAAAAUGUUUAUAUACUUCAAUUUAA